CUUAAAUAUUUUAAUUUAAAAAUUAAAAUUUGUUAAAUUAAUUUAAACAAAUAAAAAUUAUUUGAAUUUUUUAAAUUUAAACUUGUUUUUUUGUGAUUCCAUUUCUCCUCUAGUUUUACUCUCUAUCAAUUUUUAAAUUAAAAUAUUCUGUAAAAAUUUGAUUUAAUAAUUUGUUUCAAUACUUUUAUGUGAAAAUGACCACUUUCGUUCCUCUUUCUCAGGACACGGAGGGCGCUGUGAGUUCGGCUUCGCUGGGUGACUGGGUUCUUGGGAUUCUUAAGGUCAGAUGUCCCAGCAAGACUGCAACCUACUACGCUCAGCUUCUGGACCAGUUCCAGGAAGUUGAAGGCGAGCAAAUUAUCAAGGAGUCAUUCCAACUUUUUGAGCUUCUGCUCAGUGAACACUUAACCGUCUUUGAGUUUCUCGAAGAAUCUAAAACCAACGGCACUACCGUCAUGCUCUCACUCGAUCCCACCUCCAAAGCAGAAUCUGAAGUUCGAGUUAAGUAUUCGGAUGCUUUGAAGCAGGUUGAGGAGUAUUUUACAGUGUUGAUGUACAUGUUACAGCUCAGAUUUACAAGUUCUGGCCAGAUUGAGAAGGCAGGGCACCUUCUCCUUAAAGCUAUUCAAGGCGGAGAAAGCUUCCUAGAACUCAGACUUAGACUUCUCCAGAUGCUCUACAACUCUGUAGAAUCCACACUGCCUCUCAGAGUUGAUGUUUACAUCGCUAUACUUGAAUUCGCCGCCAAGCAUAACAUCUUCCACACUCUCAUUCCCAUCGUUAAAGAGGUGGAUGAGUGGAUGGUGGAUUGGUCUAUAGAUAAGAAGACGAAGAUUAGAAUAUAUCAUAUAAUUGCUGAGGAACUUGACAAACUGAACAGAGCGGAUCUCGCCUAUAAAUUCUGGAAAAAAAGAGUUGAGUGCCUCAACGAACCUGAUCUAUACACCACCGAUGAGAAUGUAAUGGCCACAGUUACGUUUGUGGUACGUAGUUUGAGGUCUGAGGACAUUUUAUACUUUGACCAGUUAUUACUGAUGCCGGCAGUGGCUCAUCUAAAAGAGACUAGAUAUGCGCCUCUAAUAAGCCUGCUAGAAAUCUUUAUUAGAGGAAAUUUGGAAGAUUUAGACAAAUACUUGAAGGAAAAUGCGGAAUUUGUGAGUGAACUUAAACUUGACUGGAAACCCUUGGUGGAAAAGCUAACACUGCUGACAAUCAGUACAAUGUGUCAACAGCAGUCUGAAAUCCCAAUUGAGAUGAUUGAGAAGAACCUCCAGCUCCCGCCAGAGGAGGCUGAGCAGAUGAUCGUCAACGCCAUUAACAAGGGCGUUAUGGAAGCUCUAAUAGACCAGAACAGUAAGAAAGUUAUCAUUAACCACGUGGUACAUCGCGAAUUCGGCAACGAGGAGCUGAAACAACUUUACAACAAUUUAAAACAGUGGCGAAACUGCAUCAACACUCUCAUCAACAUUGUAGACAAUAAAUCACUUAAUUCUUCCUAAUCUCUUACUAUUUAC